AUUACGAGAGAAACAGUAGCCGGAGAGUGGGGUGACCUGGCACUGAGCCCCCCAGUAGCACCCCUAUCCUGGGGUAGGGGAGUAAUACCUUUCACUUCGGGGAACAAGGUUUAUCGUAAUUCGAUAAAUGCCCCAUCUGCCCAGAGGUGUGUGGGGUCAGCGGCAGAGUUGGCGCUGAAGGGUGCUGCACCCGGUCGCGAUGCGACGACUUCCCCAAGUGACUCGGAGACCUUCGGCCACUGUGUGUGUGUGUGUGUGUGUGUGUGUGUGCGCGCGCGCGCGCGCGCAGUCUGUCACCCUACCUCAAGGAGUCACUGCUGUGGGAAGUGAGACCUGGUGACCUGGGGCUUAUCCUAGCAUUACAGGGUAGGAGGAAACCGGUAUCAGCUCCAGAGGAGUUUUUCCCUUAGGCCGGGAGGCAGGAGCACAGCCCAGGAGACUAAAUUGAGCAAGCUCCAGGUCUGAGAAUGAAGAUAUUCAAAUGUUUUCUUAAAUACAUCCUCCAGCAGAAAGUUUUCAUCCUGUUUUUAACCCUGUGGCUCUUCUCCUUGUUAAAGCUUCUAAAUGUGGGGAGGUUCCUCUUUCCUCAGAGAGGCGUUUACCUGGUGGAGUACUCCUUGAGCACCUCGCCUUUUGUAAGAAACAGGUACACCCACAUGAAGGAUGAAGUCCAAUAUGAAGUUAACUGUUCUGGGAUCUACGAGCAGGAGCCUUUGGAAAUCGGCAAGAGUCUGGAGAUCCGGAAGCAAGAUAUCAUUGACUUGGAGGACGAUGAUGUUGUGGCAAUGACCAGUGAUUGUGACAUUUAUCAGGCUCUCAGAAGGUACCAUCAUAAGCUCGUUUCAAGGGAGGAAAAGAGCUUCCCGAUAGCUUAUUCUCUAGUUGUCCAUAAGGACGCAAUUAUGGUUGAAAGGCUCAUCCAUGCUAUAUACAGCCAGCACAAUGUCUACUGCAUCCACUACGACCUUAAAUCACCUGUUCCCUUCAAGGUGGCCAUGAACAACUUAGCUAAGUGCUUCUCUAAUAUUUUCGUUGCUUCCAAAUUAGAGGCGGUGGAAUAUGCCCACAUAUCCAGACUCCAAGCUGAUUUAAAUUGCUUGUCAGACCUUCUCAGGUCUUCGGUUCCAUGGAAGUACGUCAUCAACCUGUGUGGGCAAGAUUUUCCCCUGAAGUCAAACUUCGAAUUAGUGUCAGAGUUGAAGAAACUCAAUGGAGCAAAUAUGUUAGAGUCGGUGAAACCCCCUAACAGUAAGAUGGAAAGAUUUACUUAUCACCAUGAGCUCAGACAAGUGCCUUAUGAGUACGUGAAGCUACCAAUCAGGACAAACAUCUCCAAGGAAGCACCCCCCCAUAACAUUGAGAUUUUUGUGGGCAGCGCCUACUUUGUUUUGAGCCGAACGUUUAUUGAAUAUAUUUUCAACAAUUCCCUCAUGGAAGACUUUCUUGCCUGGUCUAAGGAUACAUACUCUCCCGAUGAGCACUUCUGGGCUACUUUAAUCAGGGUGCCGGGAAUACCUGGGGAGAUUUCCAGGUCAGCCCAGGAUGUGUCUGACCUGCAGAGUAAGACCCGCCUUGUCAAAUGGAAUUACUAUGAGGGCAUUUUCUACCCCAGUUGUACUGGCACUCACCUUCGAAGCGUGUGUAUUUAUGGAGCUGCGGAGUUAAGGUGGCUUAUGAAGGAUGGACAUUGGUUUGCUAAUAAAUUUGAUUCUAGGGUGGAUCCUAUCUUGAUUAAGUGCUUGGCAGAAAAGCUUGAAGAGCAACAGAGAGAGUGGAUCGCUUUGUCUUCAGAAAGAUCAUUUAUGGAUAAAAACCCCUCAAUCACAUCUUCACAGUAAAAUGAUAAUGGAAAUACGAGGCCAUCUGGUACAUGGGAGUAAAUAUAGAAGUGUUUACUAUGCCACGUUCAGUACCAUUUGAACUUAAUCUUCUCAUAGUUUGAAAGUUGUCUAAAAUUCUGUGCACUGAAGAAAGCCAUCUAGACUUUCAUGUUAGGAGCUUGGAGUUGGUUGGGUCUUUUAAUAUUUUGUUUUUGCUUGCAAUCUCACCGAGCUAAAUCAGCUCUUAAAUAUUCAGUCAGUUAUCAAAUAUUUGUUGAGCACCUGCUGUGCACCAGGCACUUUUUUAGAGAACAUUCAGGAAUUAGAUCUAAGUUCUAAUGCCCUUAGGAGGCCAUGAGUUACCUCUUCACAUGGUGAUCUCAGUAUCUUCGUGUUCUCCAUGUAAGGAUGAGGGUUCUGCCGAAGACACUUGUGGAGUCUGUGCAGAACCUGUAAACUGCCCGUUGAGAACAGUGUGUGGGGACAGUGACUAGCAUGCCCACUCCUCUCCUAGCUCAGCCCUGCAGAUGUCUCUUAACCACUAAAAUCCUAGGAAGGGAGACUCCACUACCUCAGCGAAACUCAGAGAACUGUCCAGUUGCCUGCUUGCCAAAGCUUAAUUCACACUUUGGUGCCUCGCUUGUUCAGUGCAAGGUCUAGAGGGCUAUGUGGAUGUGGCAUUCACAGACCCGGAUGGCAGGGAAGUGGUGGGGAUGGUAGGGAUGGGGGUUGGGGCGGGUGUGCUGGGGAGGAGGAGUUUAUACAAAGUUUAUUCCUUUGUUUAAACAAAGGAGUUUAUUCAGCUUUUGUAUCCUGUCACACACACAUUGGUGUCAUGAAAGCCUUCUUUUGUAACUCAGCUGUUUCUUUAGAACCCAUUUACCGAUGAAAAAUAAGAAUUGAUAAAAGAAUUCAAAGUGUCACACACCA